CACUCGGCCUCUUCCCUCAGUUGGGACUGGGAAGUGAGCAUGGCGGAGCUCCGGCUGUUGCCGCGCCGCGCGAAGGACUUCGCCUCGGCCGACUUCUGGGAGCGCUUCUUCCGGGAGCGCGGCGGGAGGGCCUUCGAGUGGUACGGGGCCUGGAAAAGCCUCCGGGCACCGCUGGGACGGUACUUGCGCCCGCAGGACUCGAUUCUUGUUGUAGGUUGUGGAAACUCAGAACUGAGCGAGGAACUCUAUGAUGAGGGUUAUCAAGAUAUCACUAAUGUGGACAUAAGUGAAUUGGUCAUCAAACAGAUGCAGGAACGCAGUGUUCAUCUAAGACCCAAGAUGACCUACAUGGUUAUGGAUGUGCUGCAGAUGGAUUUCCCUGAUGGGCACUUCCAAGUGGUGCUGGACAAAGGCACUCUUGAUGCUCUGCUGACUGAUGCAGAAGAAAUCAGCCUGAGAAGGGCCGAAAGAAUGUUUGCUGAAAUCAGCCGGGUCCUGCGGUUUGGGGGCCGUUAUCUUUGUGUCUCCUUGGCACAAGCACAUGUGUUGAAAGCAGCUGUGGAACAUUUCUACCAGCAAGGCUGGAUGGUUCGAAUACAUCAAGUCUCCAGCAAAGAAACGGACACUUCAGAAGGAGAGUUUGCCCUUCCUGUCUUUGUCUAUAUUAUGACAAAAAUAAAGCCUGUCCCGGGCUCAACUCUGUGCAUCCUAGAGCUGUGUACUGAAGAACAGCACAAACCUGUCCGGUUCAGCAGCACUCAGCAUCUGAUUGAGGCAGUAGAAGAGAGACAACAGUACUCUUUGUUACGGAGUCAGCUCAGAAGAAAUCCCAGUGCAGGGACCAUCUGUCUUGAUCUCUGCAGCAAAGAUACUGAUACCAGCCAAGUCCGCUAUAGUUUACAUGUUGUACACAACCCAACCGUGAAAGUGUCCUGUGACAAUCAAUUUGCCAUCUUCAUCAUACCACAGGGCAGGGAAAAUGAAUGGCUGUUUGGGACAGAAGAAGGACGAAAGCAAUUGGCUGCAAGUGCUGAGUAUUGGCGUCUAGUAACUGUGGCCUUACACAGAGAUCAGCAGUAUGAAAACAUGGGAACCAUCCAGGCAGAACUAUCAGAAAAGGUGAUGGAGUUAGCCCCACCUGGACUUCCAGCCCACCAGCAGGUACCCUUUCUGUCAGUGGAUGGAGACAUCGGGACGCGCACCAUCCGACAUCGUGCUACUAGCUCCUGUAGUGGGGAAUAUAUUAUUGAAGAUGUGAAAGGAGAUGGUGCCCACUACUUCCGCCACCUCAUCUUCCUCAGCAACAGGAAUGUGGUGCAGUCAGAAGCAAGGCUGUCAUCCAGGACAUCUCAUAAAGGGAAUAAGAAGCACAAAAAGAAGAAAAGCACAUCCUCCAGUAGCCAAGUUGAACCCACUGGUGUAUCGGCCAAUCCGUCUAUUGACAAAACUUACCUGUGUUGUGCUCAUCACAGAGCCAUGAUUGCUGGACUCUGUCUCCUGAAAAAUCCUGAAUGCCUCCCAGAAACCCGGAUCCGUGUGUUAGUGAUUGGCUUGGGUGGUGGCAGCCUGCCUCUCUUCAUCCAUGACUACUUCUUGCAGUGCUGUAUUGAUGUGGUGGAAAUUGACCCAGCCAUGCUGGAAGUUGCUACACACUGGUUCGGCUUCUCUCAAGAUGACCGACUCAAAGUUCACAUUGCGGAUGGCUUAGCCUAUGUUGCCAGCCUUGCAACGAAAGCUUCAUCUUCCUAUGAUGUUAUAAUGUUUGAUGUGGACAGCAAAGACUCUACCUUAGGAAUGAGCUGCCCACCACCAGCUUUUGUGGAGAAGUCCUUUCUUCAGAAAACAAGGUCCCUUUUGAAAAUGGAAGGCAUUUUUAUUCUCAAUUUGGUGUGCCGAGACUCCGUGCUUCGAGAGGCUGCCUUAGCUACCCUUAAAGAGACUUUCCCUUUCCUCUAUGCCUGUAAGAUCGAAGGGGAAGUCAAUGAGAUCCUGUUCUGCCAGCAACAGACAAAGCACAAACUGUCUCCAAUGGAGGUCCAAGAGACAGCUCAGAUUCUGGAGAAAGCAUUGCGGCAACCUGGUUGGGCAUGGGAUAGCACUUACGUCUUGGCUGAUGUGCUGGAAACAGUGAGACUGGUGUGAAGAAGCAAUACUUUGAUUUCAUAUAGUGUCUUUUGGAGAGACAUAACAAUGUGCUGUGGGCUAGGGAUUAUGCUGUCCAUUAGUUCCACAUUCACAUCUCUUGUAAAUAUGGAGAACUUUCAUUCAGAUCAUUGGAGGAAGAGGAACUACCUCUAUACUGGAAAGCCACCUCUAGAGACUGAGAUAAUCAGGGAAGAUUGUCAGUACCAUGCAGCACUUGCCAGGAAAAGUUCCUAGUUCUGGGCAUGCGCAGCUGCUGAACUGAAAAUAUGGUGCCUCACUCUUAUUCUGUGCGGCCGUCGAUGGUUGAUUUAAUAUCUGACACCAGUGUUAAACAAUGACUGUAAAUAAAAUGGUUACCAACAGCCCUAA